AUAGAGGAUGCAAAGUCUGAARCGCAAUCAYAAGUACAAAGUGAACUAUACASGGGUGGGCUGCCAGAGCACAGUCUUCACCGUAGCCAUCAUUUUCUUUUAGMAYCUUCCGYAGGCAACUCUUUGGGAUAUAAGCCUCUACGUCAUAUAAGAGAAAAGGUAGCCCAAAGCUAUAAAAWGAGACCUCUGCGAAUGAGGCCAAUUUUCUCAUUUUAGAGUUGGGYUUCCUGGGGUUUAUGCCUGCGAUCUUUCCAGUCAGCGGCAACUUUCCGAAAAACAAAGAUGGCGGACACUUGUGGUAUCAAUACUCUUUUGAAAGCUUGGCGAGAAAGAUGGACUCCUUUAAAAUGGUUAAUUGAAGUGAAGAAAAAUGCCAAGAGCGAGGAUUAUAAAGGRCUUGCAGAUUGCCUGGUUCAACAAGCCACAUUUGGUACAACUCCCACAAUGUUGAUAUUGUCAUAUCUCAAACACGGUAUUAUAGCUGAAGUCAUACCCAGUUCAAGGGCUUUAGAGGCAAUUCAAAAGUUUCAGAAUAUUGAAAAACACAGAUGUUUGACAGCUUUACUUGAUUUACUCAUCAGUUUUAUCCCAAACAUGAGCUGCCAUGAUGAUGAUGCUCUUCAGUUGGCAGUUGCCAUGGUGAAGCUCAUUUACUGGGUCUURAUUGUUGCUAUAAACCUGUUAAAACUCAGUAGAGAGGCAUCAGUUGCAUCCAAUGARUCAGGAUUGCACUAUCACCUYAAAAAUGCCAARCGAUGUCACAAAGCCUUCACUCAGUUAAUGAGCUCAGCGACUUACAGAAGCCUGAUCAUUGUAGGGAAACUAGAAGACCAAGGUGUGGUGUCAGAACUUGAUUUCCAGUUCCAGACCCACAUGAAAGAGUUCUAUGUGUUGAUUCAGUCAGAUGGGAUGGUUCCAGAAGUACAGGUUCAUUUCAAGGAACUGAUGAUUGACUAUAACAGAUUACAUAACCUAAGUCCUACCAAUGGUACAGGAGACCUUCARCCAGGUGCUAUUCCAAAUAUGGCAGUACAGAACAUAAUCCAUAUCCAAAAUCUAAAGUUUUCAACUUAUAUGCCUGAAAAGUUAGCUGACUUGCUAGAGGCUGUCAUGAGAACUCAGAAUAUUACAAGACCACAGCUUUAUCUAGAAGUUCUGAGGUCAUCUCUUGUAGGGAUGCUUGAUUCUCAGUCAAAAUCAAUGGAAGAAGCUCUAUGGACAGGCUUUUUCUUCCUAAAGCUUCCAAAGAUUCUGAGUAUYAUGGAAAAUAGAUACCAAAYCCAAUCAAGUUCACCAACACCUGAGCACACCCUAAUGCAGGCAACGUUGCAACAGUUACGAGUAUUCUCACCACUUCUUGAUGAUGUUGAUCAAAAAUUCAAAUGUAAUACUUACAAGGAGUUCAUCCAGCAGUAUUGUAAAUAUGUACCUUCACAAGUAGCAGACAGAUUAAAUAAUAUAUCAUCCCUAAGAACUUCUAUAAAUGAAGUAAACUAUGCAUUGAAUGGGAACAUGGGACAAGUCUAUCAACCACUCAAGCUGCUAUUAGAAGCUGAAUCCAAAGUAUUACCUAUUUUACAGCUGCUUGAAACAAGUGAAACAGCUAAAGACGACAAGUUCUUGACUCAGCUCAGCUCUCUUUUCAACGUCAUUCAAUCAAAAUGGAAGCUAGUGGCAGUAGCUAGUUUGAGCAAAAUGCAGAAUUUAGUGUCAGCUCUAAUAAGGCUUACAGAGGAAACAAAGCAUCUAAAUGAUAACGACGAAGAAAACUCAGGAAGAUCGUGUCAACUUCGAGGAAAUCUUUUCAAUGCAGCAUUUAUAAUCCUUUGCCAUGUUGCACAGGUUUUUGGACAAGAGGUUAUUGUAGAGGUAGCACAGUCUUGCGGCCUUGAAGAUGCUUUCAUGACRCAAUGGAUAUUGUCACACAUUCCAGAGAGUGACCAGUCACGCACUUUUUACCCAAACCCACAGUACCCCCCUAAUCCWUCUAUUGUCACUUUACUGCUUAGUCAGUUCUACACUAAAGGACCAUUCAUGACCAGUGAUGCUCGCUGGGAUGAUCUUUGCUGUAAUGUACCUAUUGCUAUGCAUGAAAUGCUUAAAACAUGGCAGUAUGAAUUACAUUCAUCCGCAGAAACAGUACAGAAACUAGUUAAUCACAUCAAGUACGAGGUCCCUGCUUGGGCAAUCUGUGUUUGUGCCUGGUGCUGUGGAUACAUUCAUGAGUUAAGAAUGGAACAAAGGGCCUUCCUUACAUCGGAAAGAUCCGAGACUACCGAUCGUCCAUCACAGCCAGGAUUGCUUCAGUUUUUGUUGUCUCCAAUAAAUGACAGAGGGAUGGACCCAGUAUUCAAUGACAGGUGCUCCAUGAUGGUACAUGUCAUGCAAUGUAUGUCGGCUAACAUUGACAGAAAAGACGAUGCUCCAGGAUCAAGCUUACCAGUUGAGAUCAACCAAACUCCAUCAAAGGUCAUGCAGCAACUCUUCAAUAAUUGUAUAAAGCAAAAACAUUUUUCUACUAAGAUUCUUCAUAAAUUCAAGCAACUGUUAAUCCUUGGGGGAGCAGAAUGGUUUUGUACUACAAUAGUUAAGGAGCUGCUGUCCUUUUCUCGUCAAGAAGACAUUUCAUACUCAGAACAGCCACAACCUGAAAAUCUACAUGCAAAGUCACCAGGGGCCAUUCAAAAUUCACUGGUUUGGCUUUGUGAGGAACUAGUUUCUGUAGUWGAAGACAACAAGGUUGGUCCAGUUGCUGUMGUUUUGAAGAACUUUCUACAACAAGCWGCACAGUGUAGCAGCCCAGCGUCAGGUUCUGUGUUGGCAUGUCUACCAACUGGACUGACCCAGAAUCUUCUUGGCCUGACGCCUGUAGUAUGCUGUACACCCGAUGUAGUUCUAGGAAUUUGCAGUUUACAAUCUACUGAAGGUCGUAAGCUUUGUGCUAGAGUAUUGUGUCGAAGUAAACAACCAGAAUAGAAUGUACAAAUAUAUAAAUAACAUUUUCAAUAAAUUAUUAUUAGAUUUU